AAACAAAACAAUGGCUUCUGCGAUUGACAAGCGUCCCAAUCUCCGCAUAUCGGAUGUGGAAGAACUGAUGCGAGAAACGGGCAUGGACCAAUCGGACACGGGAAUCGGUAUCGUGAACUACUUCCGGCGUAGACAGGCAGAUUUCCACCGAGGACGGCUCUUUGAUGGUUCGGACAAUCAGAUUAACUUUCGGCUGGAUAAUUUACAACCAGUACAGCACCAACCAGCACAGUCACAACCUCUAGCAGCAAGCACAGACGACGCCGAAAACAGUGCAAACGUUGCCAUGGAAGCAGAGGCCGCUGUUGUGCUAGUUCGACCACUGUCGGAACUGUCUGUGGCUGAUAGUAGAGUGCCAUUGUUUGUAAGUGCCGGUCGGGCAGCUUCUAAUUCUCCAGCACGCAGCACAUCAAGGCCACUUACAAGCACCGUAUGUAGCCCUCCCGGCAGAAGCACGGUUCACGUUAGCCCGAUGGUAUCCAUGUCCAACAGAAAGAGCUCAAACAAUCUGCAACGUGAACUCGUUCUACAGAAGCACAAACGAGAAAAUCAAAUGAAAAUGGAAUUUCUUCGCAAUACCGCUUCCCAGCUGGCAUCGAGCACACCGAUUGCAGGUGAACGUUCGGAGCGUCGGGGCGAAAAUUUGCUCGACCUGAGGGAAACGAUUUCUCCCAUCCAUGAGGACACAGUGCAAACCACACCAGUACACGCAACCCGGCCAGUGAGUGGGGUGCACCGAGAAAAGCAAGUUUCGCCGUCGGGGCCGUCCACUACACAUGCUCGUGCCAUACGUACCCCGAUCCCUGCUACCCAAGAUGCGCCGGACGGAAUGGAUCGAGCUGGUCGCGAAACCACACCUCCUCCACAGUUGAAUGAGAAUGGUGUGGUUGUGGUACCGGAAACACCUAGUCCGGUGCGUAAAUCAUCUCGUAUACCGAACACUCCGCUGAGUGGACUAUCGUUAACAAAACGUACAUCCCAUCUAGCCAUUCCGGGAGUGUUAGCAUAUCUUGGGAAGGGUAAAUCUCCCCGCACAAUUGAAGUUCGAAGUUCCGCUCCCUCUACACCAUCACGAAGUAUUCUGAAGAAUCGAACAAGUAGAUUGAAUUCGACCAAACAUAGAGUCAGCUUUUCGGAGCAAUUGUUUGUCGUUCGGGAAAGUCCACCCUCGUCGAAGAGUUCGCAUAUGACAUCGGAUGAAGACGAAGUACAAGACAUAGUCAACGACCCAGCAAACCCGGUUCAGGAACGGGCUGGCGAUGGGGAAGAAAAUGCUCAACAGUUGCGAGAGUUGUUCAGAGUGAGUCGCUCAAAUGCUGUCGAAGAAUGGGACGAAAACGCGUUGCAAGAAACACCCGAGAGGCACAAUAAUCGUACGAACGGAGACGCAGUUAACAUGAUUAUGGACGAUUGGAACGAAACGGAGUCGCGACGGAUGGAGUUGAAUGAACCGCAGGAGGACCGUGAGUUACCGGUCGCCCAACGUACUAUCAAUAAUUCGAUUGCGAUCACCAACAUCGACACACCGCGUACAGUGAUGAUGGACAUUUUCGAUCCACCGUCCGCUUUUUGUGAUGUUGACGAGCCCGCACUGGAAGUUCCGCCUUCGCAGGAACCUAGUCAAUCGCGCAAACGGAAGGCAGAAGAAGAAGGAGGUAUUGGCGGAGACGGCAAUGACGAUAACGACAGUAGCAGUUCUGCUCGUCGAAGCUCGAUCCACGAAAACAACGACCAAAUGCCUAGGGUUUCGCCGAGGAAAAUUUGCAAACCCACUUCAAACGUCACGAUUAACAAUACGCACCACACCGAGCGUUUAAUGAGUGUGGAUUCACCGAACGAUCAUGUACCGUUAGAUAUGAUACAAGCGGUCGACAUGAUCCACAGCCGUGUCAAUUCCGAGCUGGGGGUGAAUCCUGGUGGUGCACGCGAGCUCGCCGACGAGCGACGAAUCACGCUAAACAUUCCCUCAAAACGACGCACCAUCAAGACAAAGGUACACCCGGAUGCGGAAUUGUACAUAAAAACGAUCGAAAAUGCUUGUUCGCAAGAAAGGAUAACGAACCAUCAGCGUAAGGAUCGGCGAAAAUUGUUUGCCCACCAAAUGUCGGAAGCACAGAAGGAAAAUGAAGCUGAUGAUGAGCCACAACCAUUGCCAGCAACCCAAGACACCGUUGAUUCGGUCGUGCAGGCGGACAAUCAACAGAAUCAGCUGCUUUAUGGGCUUAAAUCGUUGAUAGUUCCUGUGCAGCGCUUGUCGCUCAACACCAUUAAUAGAGCCAUAAAUCCCGAUGUGGUGGAUACGAAAGAAAUGGACAUCAAUGCGCAGCGCGAACAGGCCGCCAUCGAAUCUCCAAUACAGGAGAAACAAAACGAAGAACAGAACGAAAAGGGUGAUCGUCCGAAGAGGAUCGAUCGUGGUGAGCAGAAUGAUGAGAGCGCAGAUGAGGAAUGGGAUCGUCCCGCAAAGGGCAAAUCGAAGGGCAAAUCGAAAUCGAAAAACAAUGCUAAGAAAAAAAAACAAUCAAGAAAGUCCGAUGUAAUGUUUGACAAAUAUUUAAAAAAUAUAUCGAACGAAAUACGGCAUCAAAUCGAAAGCGAAGGUCCCCGCCGUAGUCACCGUAAUCGGCGACUGGCUGCCGAGAUACUGCGCAACAACCCAAACACAUUGCAAACCGAUGCACCGAAGUAUGUAAUGCCGACGAUUAAGGAUGUCUUAAAGUACUAUCAAUUGUCUGUGAAGCCCAGCAGCAAAUCGAAGAGUAAGGGCCAAACUUCCUCCAAAACAGCUAAUCAUAAGGAGUCGGAAAUUGUCAAAAAGUCGAAAGAGAAUGUCCCUCCAACGGUAACAUUGCCGGAUGGGGAGAAGAAACCGAAGACCAGAGGCAGACCGAAAAAGGAUCCUCGAACAGAGCCAGAAAUGUUCGACGCUGAUGGAUUUCGCGUACCACCCAUCCCGAUGGGCGAUGCGAUACCGGGAUCAUCGUCAGCUGUUGAAUGUUCUGAAAUGGUUGAUUCGUCUAGUCCUAACCUUCCGCCAGGUGUUUCGAUCGAUUCGGGUCUUUCAUCCGCCGUUAUGACGGGUGAUGAUGCACCGACGAAAAUGAAAAAACGAACUAAAAUUUCCUCGAAGCAACAUACCGCAGCAGACCAACAGGAACCGUGCUGUUCGUACGAUUCGUCUUCGUUAAACCCACCAACGACCAGAGAAGUAAUGGACGAGAAGCGUAAAACGCUCGAUUGGAUGAUGAUGCUGAUGGAGAAGCAACCGUAUCGUCCUCCGGCGUUGCCAAUGGUAGAAGUGCAAGGCUUUACCCAUCUGUCGCUGGAACAUUUGGUGUUCCAUGAGAAGGAUGGUAUCGGGUACUCGUUCUACGUCUACUCGAACGGGGACAAUUUUGGCUUUUUACGGUUUCCGCCCAAUACAUCCAAACGAAGCACACGCACCAGAGGAUGUUCGUUGAAAUUUCUUAUUCUUAGUGGUUCGGCAGACUUCUCAAUCAACGAAGUUAGAGUAACGGCUGUUGGAGGUGAUUUUUUGAUGAUACCGCUCGAUUCAUCGUAUUACAUUGUGAAUGGACCGGCCACAACACUCAUGUUUAUGAUAAAAUCCAGUGCAGAUCUACGGUUGUCUGAAAAUACUGUUGGCUAA